AUGUCGAAAUCCUCAUCAAAUGGAUUUUCACACAAAAGAGGUGAAAGUGAGGGAGUUUCGAAACAGUCUAUAAAGUCACAUCCCGCAAAUACACCAAGUACAGCAUUCAGUGGGGAAGCUGUAAGCUCGGAGAGGCCUUCGCGUGAUCGUUUAGUGUACCUCACAACAUGUAAGAUUGGGCAUCUUGUGGAAGUGCAUCUAAAAAAUGGAUCGGUGUAUAGUGGUAUAUUUCAUGCUGCUGAUGUAGAGAAGGAUUUUGGAAUCAUUCUAAAGAUGGCAUCCUUGAUUAAAGAAGGUACUUUAAGAGGGCCUAAAUCCCGUUAUGAGGUUGUCAAAAAGCCACCUUCCAAGACAUUCAUUAUUCCGGCUGAUGAAGUUGUGCAAGUUGUAGCUAAGGAUCUCUCUGUAUCCAGUGACGGCAUGUUAAAUGCCGUUCAGAGUGAGAAGCAGGGUGAGCUGUUGACAGACUCUUCUAUAUCACAGUCUUCUCAUGUUGAGCAGAGAAGAGAGCUAAAACCCUGGGUACCUGAUGAGGAUGUUCCAGAGAAUUUGGUGAAUGUGUUUGAUAACCCUGGGAAUAGUAGAGGGUGGGAUCAGUUUCGGGUGAAUGAGUCACUGUUUGGAGUAAAGAGCACUUUCAAUGAAGAACUCUAUACCACAAAACUUCAGAGAGGUCCUAGAAGUAAAGAGCUGGAAGAGCAAGCCCUGAGGAUUGCGAGAGAGAUUGAGGGUGAGAGCACCCGAGAUCUUCAUGUAGCAGAGGAAAGAGGCCUUCAACUUAACGCGAAAUUUGAUGUUGAUGAGGAAACUAAAUACUCAGCUGUUCGUCCAGUUGAUGGGUUUGAUGAUAGUGGGUUUGAUGAGGAGGACGACAAUUUACUGGAUACUCGCAAUGAUCAGACUUUUGGUGGUUCAUCUGCUUCUGAUGGUCAGAAGCCAACUUCUUCUAGUGGCAAGGGCUAUGGAGAAUUACGGGGGGACAAUAAAUCUUCUUGGAAAGAUAUAAAUGUAGAUCAAAGCUGCUCGGUAUCUGAUGAUCACCUUCCCUCUGAACGGCUAUCCAAAGAUUUUCCUGCUCUGGGCAGCAGUAACAGUGAUAACCAGCUGGGUGAGCGAAGAAACAACAAUAAUCCAGAGGUUUCUCACAGUAACAGAUCAGCUCAGGAAUCAGCUUCUGGUCAUGGAGAUAUCAAAGAAGGUGCAAAACUUGGUGGUGGUACAACCUCAGGGUCGAAAGCUGUUGCUGAGAGAGAAAGACAAGUCGGUCAAGUUUCUGGUAAAACAAAACCUGAAAUCUCUUUUGGGCAGUCGACUUCAAGAAGUUCAGGGAGCCGGCCAGCUCCUUCAGCAUCAACUCGUCCCGGACUAUCACCAAGCUCGUCAAUUGGUUCUAUGUCCUCAGCAGAAAAGUCCACUCUAAAUCCGAAUGCAAAGGAAUUCAAACUCAAUCCAAACGCAAAGAGUUUCAAACCAUCGCAACCAGCUGGUGCGCGGCCUCAGUCUCCAAUCGCAGAUUCGUCAUUCUACUACCCUGCAGGUCCUGUUCAGCAGAUACCACCUGGAAUGCCUGUUGGUUACGGAAUUCAACCGCAGUAUCCUGGCCAGCAACAGCAGAUCAUGUAUCAUCAUCCUCAAACCUAUUAUCCUCCAAAUGCGCAACAUCAGUACCCGCAGCAGCAGCAGCAAAUGAUGCAAAAUCAGCAAAUGAUGAUGCAUGGUCAGCCUAGGCCGCCUAUUGUUUACAUGCCUCCUCCUCCUUACCACCCGGAAAAUCCAUAUAAUCAAGGCCGAGAGUAA